AGGGAGCACCCUCUCGGUGCAGAGGGUCAUCCAGGCCCGUCCUUUCCCUUUCAGACCCCUGACACACGGAAAUACUUUCCAUUAACGUGCAGCCUUGUAUAGAUAUCGGGGGUUACCCUAAGGAGUCUGUUUAUCUUUGGGAUGCACAGCUGCCAAUUCGUAUAUAUUAAGCAACAAGGAAUCCGAUGCGAGUUUUUUUGGUCCUGCUCAGGAGCAGAAAAAGCAGUCGUAGUGCGGUGCUUCUAGCGGGUUUGUGUGAUUCUGGGAAGACUCUACUUUGCUGUAGGUUAUUGUCUGGGAAGUUUAAGAUUACACACACGUCCAUAACCAGUAACUCUGCAUUGUACAAGGUCAGAAGUGACAAGGGUCCUGCUGUUGUUUUAUAUGACCUUCCUGGUCACGAGAGUCUGCGUCUUCAGUAUUUGGAGAAGCACAAGGCUGAUGCCAGAGCCGUUGUCUUUGUGGUGGACAGCGUGUCGUUUCAAAAAGAAGUGAAGGAUGUGGCCGAGUUUCUCUACACGUUACUAACUGAUGCUGUGAUUGCGAAGAAUGCACCCCCGCUCCUCAUAGCUUGUAACAAGCAAGAUGUUACCAUGGCCAAGUCUGCAAAAUUAAUUCAGCAGCAAUUGGAAAAGGAACUCAACACUCUGAGGACGAUUCGCUCCGGUGCGCCAAAGUCUCUGGAUGGAUCUAGCACUGUGAGUGUGCUGCCCUUAGGAAAGAAGGGAAAGGAGUUUGAUUUCUCCCAGGCUCCGAUGAAGAUUGAGUUUGUGGAGUGCAGUGCACAAGGGAACAAAGGGGACAAAGGAGAGGCAGACAUUGGAAAUGUGGAGGCAUGGCUUACGAAAGUAGCAUGAACAAUAAGAUGGUCUUAAAAACGAAAGUUGUCACACUGCCAACCCGAGAGAACUGAUUCGCACCCAUGUACAUUUGCAACAAAAAUGAGACUGUGACCAAAGAUCCUAAAGUCAUGUUUUUAAUGCAGAACUCCAGCUGAAUGAUGUUUGCCAUAGCUACCUUGAGCUGAUACUUCCUAUAUGUAAGUGUCAGGUAGGACAAUGAUGUCAGUGUUUUGUAUGUUGCUUGUGUUAUUGAAAUGGCAGCAAACUAUCUUGUCUGUUAAUAUGCAAAUAAAAUAAUGGAUCUAAACCAA